AUGGCAAAUGGAUGGCAGGAGCCAGCAGAUCCCACCUGUGAUUGUACCUGUUACCUGUACCUAACGGGAACCCCUUCUCCUAUUGGGCCGGGCCAUGGGGAGGCUGAGACGAGGGAGUGCAUCUACUACAAUGCCAACUGGGAGCUGGAAAAGACCAACCAGAGUGGUGUGGAGCGCUGUGAGGGGGAGAAGGACAAGCGGCUCCACUGCUACGCCUCCUGGAGAAACAACUCGGGCUCCAUCGAGCUGGUGAAGAAAGGCUGCUGGUUAGAUGACUUCAACUGCUAUGACAGGCAGGAGUGCGUAGCCACAGAAGAAAACCCUCAAGUGUUUUUCUGCUGCUGCGAGGGCAACUAUUGCAAUGAGAAAUUUACCCAUUUGCCUGAAGUCACCGGCCCAGAAGUCAUCUACGAGCCGCCACCGCCAACGCCCUCCCUGCUCAAUAUCCUGGUGUACUCCCUGCUCCCCAUCGCAGUCCUCUCCAUGGCCAUCCUCCUGGCAUUCUGGAUGUACCGGCACCGCAAGCCUCCCUACGGGCACGUCGACAUUAUUGAGGACCCUGGCCCACCACCCCCUUCUCCCCUGGUUGGCCUAAAACCUCUGCAGCUCUUGGAGAUAAAGGCAAGGGGACGCUUUGGCUGCGUGUGGAAGGCUCAGCUGAUGAACGACUACGUAGCAGUGAAAAUCUUCCCUAUUCAGGAUAAGCAAUCUUGGCAGAGUGAGAGGGAGAUUUUCAACACUCCUGGCAUGAAGCAUGAGAACCUUUUGCAAUUUAUCGCAGCAGAGAAAAGAGGGACAAACCUGGAAACAGAGCUCUGGCUAAUCACAGCUUUCCACGACAAGGGCUCUCUGACGGAUUACCUGAAGGGCAACAUAAUCAGCUGGAAUGAGCUCUGCCAUGUUGCAGAAACAAUGGCCCGUGGCUUGUCCUACCUUCAUGAAGACGUCCCUUGGUGCAAAGGUGAAGGACACAAACCUGCUAUAGCACACAGGGACUUCAAGAGUAAAAAUGUCUUGCUGAAGAAUGACUUGACGGCAGUGCUAGCUGAUUUUGGACUAGCUGUACGGUUUGAACCUGGAAAACCUCCAGGGGACACUCAUGGACAGGUGGGAACAAGGAGGUAUAUGGCUCCCGAAGUGUUAGAGGGAGCAAUCAACUUCCAACGAGAUGCGUUCCUGAGGAUAGACAUGUAUGCGAUGGGACUGGUGUUGUGGGAGCUAGUCUCCAGAUGUAGAGCAGUUGAUGGUCCAGUGGAUGAAUACAUGCUGCCUUUUGAAGAAGAAAUAGGUCAGCACCCAUCCCUUGAGGACCUGCAAGAAGUGGUGGUUCACAAGAAGAUGCGCCCUGUGUUCAAGGAUCACUGGUUAAAACAUCCCGGCUUGGCGCAGCUCUGCGUGACCAUCGAAGAGUGCUGGGACCACGACGCGGAGGCUCGGCUCUCGGCGGGCUGUGUCGAGGAGCGCAUUGCGCAGAUCCGCAAAUCCGUAAACGGCACUACCUCGGACUGCCUCGUCUCCAUCGUGACGUCCGUCACCAACGUGGACUUGCCACCCAAAGAGUCUAGUAUCUGAGUCCUGGGGGUCCUGGUUCACUUUUGUCUUUCCAGACUCAGUGGAUUUGGAAAAAAAAAAAAAAAAAAAAAAAAAAGAACCGACAAAAAACAACAAGGAAAAAGUUUGGAAAAAAAAAAUACAAAAAAAAACAAAACACAAAAAUCCAACAAACCCAUGAAUGCAGCUGCUAUUUUAUCUUGACUUUUUAUUAUUAUUGUUAUUAUUAUUAUUAUUAUUUUUUUGGAUUGGAUCAAUUUUACCAGCACAUUGCUCUACUGUAUUAAAAAAAAUGGACAUUUCAGCAAGCAUUCAGGUGCCGACUAAUGAAUGCAGAAAAGGUGCAGGUACCUCAGAACCUCAACAAACUCACUUCAGUUGUUUUUAUUUUAUUCAGUUUUCUGGGUUUCUCUUUAUCAGUCUGUCUUCUGAGCGGAGCAUCUGUGACAUAAAGCUUAUGUGACAUAAAGGAAAACCACCUACCAUCUUCAAAAACGCAAUGCUGCAAACUGUGGAGGAAACUUAAGACUGUUAUAUAAAGAACACACCUUCCUCAAAAGGAUUUUUCCCCAUUUUGUUUUGGUUUUGGGUUCAGUUCCUUUUUUAUUUUUAUUUUUUUUUUUUUGGAAGUGAGCUUCAAAAAAAAACAGCAGAUGUGUCUUUACGGAUCUAACGGGUGUCAUUGUAACAUGGAAAAAAAAGUAACUGGGCGGAGAAUGUUAAUUCUUGAUGGUAGAAUUGAAGGGGGGAGCGUAGAAUAGGGGUGGGGAGAGUGACGUUGGAUUUGGCAGCAUUUGGGGAAACAUCAUUUGCUAUGGAGCUACUUCUCAGGUAACCAUUAGAGGAGGGGAAGGACAUUUCUGGGCAGAGUAUUAACGGCUGCAGAGUGUGGAGAAAGCAGAGUUAAAGAGACAAUGGUUGGAAGCGAGGCGGUAGUUCUUUAUUCCUCCAGAAUCUUGGGCUUGGCAGUAAAAGAACAAAGCAGAACUAUAAUUACCUUUUAUUUUUUUGACUCCAGGUAGCAGUGGGAAGGAUGCUUUUAAGCCGUGUAAUCAGGAGAGGUGGGAAAGUGUGCUUUCAGAAGCACUUUGGUAAAAUACUGGAAGAUGGGAAAAUUCUUGCAUCUCAUUUGAAGUGUGAGUCAGUUGAGGAAAUUUGGCCUUGGAUUGAUUAUCUGUCAGCCCAAGCUACCGGUGCAGAAGGUGGAAAGAGGAAAAGGGUAGAAACUGGGUAUAUAAUUUUUUUCUUUAUUAAUUUGGAGUUGGGGGAGUGAAAAUACCUGAAGAACGUUGAGAACCCUAUGGGCUGCCCAGCUGAGCAGCAACAGUGAUUCCCACAGCAUCUCUCUGACCGGUUUCUUUGACACUGCUCUCUCCUUACUCUGUGAUGAAACUUUUUUGUCUUAAAGUGGUGCAUAUUCUAAGAUACCGUUACUCUUAUUAUGCCAUAAACUCGCUCUAGUCAGUGAAUGUUCCUAAUGCUGCUGAUUCAACAAUGAAAUAUUUUUUUAAUUUGCAAAACAUGCAAUGUUUAAAAAAAAAAAACUUAAAAAAAAUCACAAAAAAACAAACACAAAACACACACACACACAUUACGUGGCUUCCGAGGUUUAAACUGAAAAAAAAAAAAUUUAAAACUUCAUGACCACAGACCACCUCAAACCAGAAAUACCUCAGAAUUUUCUACUUGUAUGAGUUUUAUUAUAUAUUUUGUUAGUUAUGUUGUCUUGUAGUAAGUAUAUUUUAAUGUAAGUUGGCUUUUAUGACAAGGGAGUUUUAAAAAAAGAAAAAAAAGAAAAAAAGUUCCAAAAUCUUUUAGGAAGUGCUACCAUUUUUUUGUUGUUUUGUUUAAUAAAGCACCAUUGUAAAUAACUGUAUACAGUUGUAGAAUAACUGCCUAUAUAAGGUACCUGGGCAUUAUUCACUCUUAUUUGUGAAGGCUGUUUCCAUUCUGUGUUAUUUUUUUUUUUUGGUCUGUUUUAGUGAAAGGACAGUACAUCAUUUUUUUCUUUUCUUUUUUUAAUUUUUUUUCCUUUUUUUUUUUUUUUACUUUGAAUAUAACAUGAAUUCUGUGUCUUGCUAGACUGACAAAGUUAUGUCCAUUGGAUGGCCAGAUCUUCUAAAUUUUCCUUUGUGUUAAGCCAAAAUGCAGUCCUAAACUAAUCACCCUGUAACGGAAAUGUAAAAAGUCUGUAUUAUGUAAAUGAAUUGGACUUCUCGCCACUGCCAAAUUAUCAGUGUGCACCCUUGCACAGAUAUAAUUUAUUAAGCAAACAAAUCUGCUAAUUGGAGAAAAUAUAAAGAAAAUUGAAAUAUAUUUCUUGAAAAGUAUAGCUUUAAAACCUAGAGGUCACAAAUGAGGACAUGGUCCUUUAUCUUGAAGAGACAUUAAGAGAAUUGCCUUAAUUUGUCUAUCUGAAUAAAGUCUUAACCUAUUCUUUCAAGUUACUGAAUGUAUAUUGCAUAUUAGUGUGUACACACAUGUAACUGUGUUUCCGUGUGUAGGUUUGAAAGUUUAUGUUUCUUGAUGUUGAGAAAAACCUUGACAAAACCAGACAGAACGAUACCAUUUUGACCCAGCUGAUGUCCCCACUGGGGGUUGGCAUCUUUGGGCCUGAUGCUGCAACAUACCUACGCUUGGCAUUAAGGCUGUAGGUAGCUCUUCUGGUGUCAUGACAUUAGGCACUCACUUGAUGUUAAGCGUGGUUGUAAAUGUUUGCAGGAUCAGUAUUUUUCAUGUUUAAUACAUUUCUGCACUGAGAUUUAUAUAAUAAUGUGACUAUGUUUUAGAAGUGAAGUGAUGUAAGGGUUGGGGUGGAGCGUAGAGCAGUUAAGGUUGAGUGAAUUACUUGUUUCGAGGUGGGCUUGCUCCCGUUUCCCCGGGAAUGGGAGCCAGUUCAUAUUGCUGCAGAAAGAAAAAAAGCUGUACUGUCUUUUAACUGUUAAUAUCUGUUUGCUCUUCUGGAUUUUUUCCUUCAGCAUUACGUAUAAUAGUUAAAACAGGCUUAUUACAGCAGUUGCUUUUUUAUCCUGAUUUCUUUAAGAAGCUUUAAAGUAUUUAUUGAAAGUGCCAUAUGAUUUUCAUAGCCUAUUAGACAGUGUCUGAAAUAUUCUCUUUUGAGAAAGCAUAAACAAAAAUUCUCACAUGUAGCUUAUCUUACUGCGGGGAACUGCACGACCGUACAAACCUUGACCGAACAUUGAUUGUAAAGUAUUACAUCUUCCUGGUGUAAUGGUUCCUUAUAGAUCAUCUUGUCAGCAGGUUUCAGAAACUGACUUUAAAAAGAAUUUCCAAAUUGCGUGUGUGCUGAGUUACAAGUUUUAUAUGUAUGUAGGUACGUGUGUCUUGCUAUUGCAGCAGAGAAGGAAAUCCUGAAGUUUCGCUUAUUUCCAAAUUUGUACGAGUUUGGCUCAAGCUUUU